AUGUUCGGAAGACUGCUUCCAGGAUGCGUUAUGGAUAGACGCAGACGGGAGCUUGAGUUUCAGGUGGGAGAUAGAGUGUAUCUCAAGAUGGCUAUGUUGAGGGGUUCUAACAGAUCCAUAGCAGAGAACAAGCUGAAUCCGCGUUUUAUGGGUCUGUUUCCAGUAGUGGAGCGAGUUGGGCCAUUGGCGUACAAGCUGAAGUUGCGUGAGUUUAUGAAAGCCCUUCACAAAAUGUUUCAUGUGUCGAUGCUGAGGAAGUGUCUUCACCCUACAAAGGAGUUAGUGGCUAGGAUUCCUUAG